AUGACUAGUUAUAAAAGUUUCAAUGAAACCACAACAUUAUUAUUAACCAAUGAAUCAACAUUAGUAAAUGACUCAACAUUAAUAAAUGAAUUAUCAUUAGAUAAUCUUUGUAAAAAUUUUCAUCUUAUAGUUUUUUUAUGUAUUAUAUUUGUAUUAAUUGUUUCGGCAAAUAUUUCUGUUAUUCUUCAAUUAAGUUGUUCAAAAAAUCGCCAUAGUCGAAUGAGCUUUUUUUUAUUAAACCUUGCUUAUGCUGAUUUAUUUGUUGGUAUUAUUAUUGUCACUCGUGAUAUAAUUGAAAAAAGUUGUAUACCAUUCAGACUCGGUUCGAUCGGAUGUCGAUUGAUCAGUUUUAUACAAGGAACAAUUGCUUAUAAUUCAAGUUAUGUACUUGUUUGUGUAGCGAUUGAUCGUCUCAAUGCAAUUAUUCGACCUAUGGAUGUUCGAACAGCAUCUUCAGCAUUUCGAUAUUCAUUGAUAAGUGCAUCAUGGUUUAUUUCAAUGACAUUUGCUUCCGCUCAAUUAUAUUUACGAGAUAUCGAUACAAUACGAGAUAUACCAAUAUGUGGUAAUCGAUCGGAUGUUCAAAAUUGGAAUGCAUAUGUCUAUUUUCUUUUUAUUUCUCUUUAUCUUGCUCCAUUGAUUGUUAUGACAGCAUCAUAUGUGAUUAUUAUUGUAAUAAUAUGGCAAAAAAGUUCUGUUAAAAUUGAAGAUGGUUUAUCUAAUAAACGAAAUGAAAAAUCUCGAAUACGUCGACUUCUUUCAUCAAAAAAAUCAACUUCAAACGAUGAUCAUCAAAUUGAAUCAAGUAUUCGAGAUGUACGAUCACUUGGUGUUAUACCGCGAGCUAAAAUUAAAACAAUUAAAAUGACCUUAGUCAUUGUUAUUGCUUUUACUGCUUGUUGGUCGCCUUAUUUUAUUCUAAUGAUAAUGCAUGCGCUCAAUUUAAUUCAACAUUCAUUUCUUAUAAGAGUUACAUCAUCAUUAUGUUAUAUGAAUUCAUUAGCUAAUCCACUUAUUUAUUGGCUUUUUGCAACUAAUUUUUGUCUUCGACUCAGAGAAAAAUCUGGUUGUCAUCAUCAAUUAAAAAAAAUAACAUUAACAACUAAUGGAGCAGAUAGAAGACGUUGUUCAAUAUUAGAAACUCGACAUAGUAUUGGAAGUGUAAAACAUCAACGUCAACCUUCAGAAGAUUAUCAUCGUGCACAUAAUCCACGUAUACCACUAACACCUACAGUACCUUUACCUCGUCAUUUAAACUGUCGUACAUCAAUAUCAACACCAAAUUAUACACAAACAAAUAAACGUAUUGUUCAACAACAACAACAACAAAAUUCACAAGCAUCACUUUUAUAUGAUUAUCAACAGCAUCAUCUUUAA